UGCUGAGUUGUGGGGGGUGUGUGCGUAUGCAUGCACCAGCAUCAGUAGAUACCAGCUGGCUGAGAGUCGCUGUCCUGCUAUCAGUGUGUGCGUGUGUGCAUGUUGCAGGGUGUGGGUCAUUGUGUCAAAUGUGUGUGUUGUAUCUGUGCCGGUUGUACCGUCUGCUGUCAGCGAGUGUGUGUGAGCUUUGUUUCCUGUGUGUAUAAACAGUAGGGUGUGUCACUCAGGGCAGGUGUGUGUUAUGUUAUUAAUGCGUGUGGGGGGGUGUCCUGUUCUGUGUGUGUGGGACCCAAAGGCCAGGAGUCUCUCUCCCAGCCACUGUGCGUCAGUGGGUAUGUGUAUAUUUGUGCACGUUUCCUCUGUGUGUGAGUGGGUGGCUGUGGCUGUAGGUUUUCAGGAGUCACACCCCACCCUCAGCUGCUGUGUGUUCUGUGUGUGUAUGUCUCUGUGUGUGUUACACUAUGUUAUAGUCUGUGUGUACAUGACACUGUGUCUAUGCAUGUGUGUGACGUGUGUUACACUGUGCUACAUUGCAACACUCCAUGUUACACAUAGACAUAGUGUGUGUGAAUUACACUGUGCUCUGAGUGUGAUACAAUAAACUGUAUGUAUUUUUCCCUGUGUAUGUAUUAAAUUUGUGUGUGCAACUGUUACACACAGACACACACAAAGAGUAUCUCGGUGUGUGUGUGACAUUGUGCUGUGUGUAUGACGCGGUUACGGUUUCUGUGUUACACUUAGUGUUUUACACUGGUUUAUGCUCUCUUUGUGUGUUACACCCUAUGUGUUUUACAUUUGUAUGUGCAACACUUUUGCUGUGUGUCUAUCAGAGUGUGUGUGUUAUACUGCUAUGCUCUGUGUGUUACGCUCUGUGUGUUACACUGUGCCUGUGCAGAACAUUGUUCUGCUCUGUGUGUAUGACACCGUGUAUCUGUGUGUUUGUGUUAUGCUGUGUGUAACUGUGUGGUCUCGGGGAGUGGGCUGGCUCUGUCUUGGGGCUGCUGUCUGGCCGCAUGGCAGCCCCGAGCCUGGGCACUGCUCUCCUGAUGGGCGUGGGGAACCCAGCCUGACUUUGGGGGAUGCCCCUGGGGCAAUGACUCCCCUUUGCCCCAGGCUGGGAUCUCCCAGGCAAAGGCAGGCUGUGCAGAGCAUCUCAUAAUUCCCAGGGGUGAGCGCCCAGUGCCUGGGUCCCAUUCCCUGUCCCGGUUUCUCUCCCAGGGGUGAGCCGUGGUGUGUGCAUGGUGCUGUACGUGUCCCUCCAGGAUGGCCAUCCCCAGGCUUUCCCUGCGGCGCCAUCUACCUCGGAUACCUGGCCAUGCCCUGCGGCUCCGCUCCUGGCAGAUUCUCAAGCCCCUCACCCAUGCUGGGCUGCAGCCCACCAGCAAGGCCUUGUACUGCUGCGCCCCCACCCGGCUGCUCUCGCGACUCUGGGGGGUGCUGACAGGGCUGGCGCUGCCCCGCUGGCUGCGACGCCCCCUGCUGGCGCUCUAUGUCUGGGCCUUCUCCGUCAACAUGGCCGAGGCGGCUGAGGAAGAUCUGAGUGGCUACCGCAGCCUUGGGGAGCUCUUCCGGCGCCCGCUCAAGCCCUGGGUGCGUCCCAUCGCACCCUAUGACAUGGUCAGCCCGGCAGAUGGCUGCAUCGUGCACCUGGGCCAGGUGCGGAGGAGCCGCCUGGAGCAGGUGAAGGGGGUGACGUACUCCCUGGAGAGCUUCCUCGGGCCCCAGGACUGGAGGGAAGAUGGGGGCAGGGAUCUCUCCCCAUGGUGGCGCCGGGGGCACCGGCUCUAUCAGUGCAUCAUCUAUCUGGCGCCGGGCGACUACCACCGCUUCCAUUCACCCACCGACUGGCACAUCCGGCACCGCCGGCACUUCCCCGGCUCCCUGAUGUCGGUGAGCCCGAGUGUGGUGCGCCGGAUCCCGGGGCUGUUCUGCCACAACGAGCGGGUGGUGCUGAGCGGGGAGUGGGCUCACGGCUUCUUCUCCCUGACUGCCGUGGGGGCCACCAACGUGGGCUCCAUCCGCAUCUACUGCGACCAGGACCUUCACACCAAUUGCGCCCACCACGUGCAGGGCCACUACCACGACCUCAGCUACUUGUCUUGGGCAGGGCCAGCCGGGAUACCCACCCCCAAGGGAGCUGGCCUAGGCGAGUUCAACCUGGGCUCCACCAUCGUCCUUCUCUUCCAGGGGCCCCGGCGCUUUGGCUUCCGCACCAGUGCUGGGCGCAGGGUGCGGGUGGGGCAGGCGCUGGGCAGCCUGUGACGCGGCGGGCAGAGGAGCAGGCCCCCAUUUCAGGGCGGGACCCCGAUUUCCUGGGGAGAUUGGAGAACCCCUUCACUGCCAUGGGGGAGACACCCCAGAUUCGGUGGAGUACAGGGAGGAGACACUAGACUUGUGGGAGAAGGGAAGCCUCCAUUUCAGAUGGGAGAACUGGACCCCUCUUUACUGGGGGGAAGGGAGGGGUCCCCCAUUCCAAUAGCCCCUCCAGCUUUUUGCUGAGGAAUGUGGGGGGCUUUGACACCCCUUAAGAAUCAUAGAGGAAACAUAGGAGUGACCCUGAUCUUAGCAGGGGAUGGGAUUUUUGGAGGCGGGAGCACGAGGAACCGUACAUUCAAGAGGGGGACAGAGAGCCCCCCCAUACUAGGAGAAGGGACCUCACUUUCCAGGGAGG